GGUGGGAAAGCGGCCGGCGGCGGAGGGCGGCGCCGAAGGAGGGCGGCGCGCGGUGACUCAUCCCUCUGGAAGAUCAGACACGCUCGCUGAGCCCUCCCGCCCGCCCGCGCCGCCGCUCCUCAACCGGGAGGCGCCCGCCCGCUCGCACCGCCCUCCCCGCUCCGAGCUCCCGGCCCGGCUGCCGCACAGAAAGUUUUUCCGGGCUCAGGGCCUGCGGGAAGCGGGGCUGGCACGGCAAGGGAGGCGGUUGCCGUGCGGGCCCGCCGAGUGCAUGGUGCCCGGUGCCCGGGCCGUGCGUCUGGAGGAGCCGGGGCGGGGCGGGGCUGAGCCCAGCUCCUGAGCCUCUGUCCAGCUGCGUCCGAAGCCGGGGACUGUCGCGGGGGUCGCGCUCCAACGCCAUGUCCCGGCUGCUGCCGCUGCUGGGGAGCCGGACGGUGCGCAGCCUGAGGCCGGGCCCUGCCGCCGCGCCCCGCCCGCCGUCCUGGUGCGGCUGCGGCCGGGGACUGCUGGCGCUCGGGGUCCCCGGCGGUCCCCGGCUCCUGGGCACCCACCCCAAGAAGGAGCCCAUGGAGGCCCUGAACACUGCGCAAGGCGCGCGCGAUUUCAUCUACAGUCUGCACUCCACCGAGAGGAGCUGCUUGCUCAAAGAGCUGCACCGCUUCGAGUCCAUUGCCAUCGCCCAAGCAUGCAGAUUUCCCAAACCCGAGAUGGUCAUUGUGAAGCAUGCGAAGGAGGUAUCAUCAGCAGAGACCCCUGAUAGUUUUGAGAAAUUGGAAGCUCAACCACCCACUCCAGGACAGCUGAGAUAUGUAUUCUUCCACAAUGCGAUACCUUUCAUAGGGUUUGGCUUUUUGGAUAAUGCAAUUAUGAUUGUUGCAGGAACCCAGAUCGAAUUGUCUAUUGGAAUUAUUUUGGGAAUUUCAACAAUGGCAGCUGCUGCUUUGGGAAAUCUUGUUUCAGAUUUAGCUGGACUUGGCCUUGCAGGUUAUGUUGAAGCCUUGGCUUCCAGGUUAGGCCUAUCAAUUCCUGAUCUCACACCAAAGCAAGUUGACAUGUGGCAGACGCGUGUUAGCACACAUCUGGGCAAGGCUGUUGGGGUGACUAUUGGCUGCAUUCUAGGAAUGUUCCCUUUGUUUUUCUUUGGAGGAGGCGAAGAAGAUGAAAAACUGGAAACGACAAACUAAUCAUCUUAGAAUCCCUAUAAAAAGAUGUAAACUAAUGUACCUCAGUCAUUAACAAAUACUGUCACGGCAUUUAGUGAUGAGGACAGUGACAGUGCAUAGAUACGGGAUCAAGUACUUCAGCAUGUAUUGUGGAAACACUAACUUAUUGUGGCUUGGUCUUCUUAAGAUAUCUUUUUAAAAACCAUUUAGUAUAUCAUUUUAUGUAAAUUGUUGAGAUGCUUUUCAUCAAUGGCAGUCAACAUGUUAUCUUUUCCUUCUCUCCAUGUAUCAACAUAUUAUUUAACUUUUAGUCAUUGAUACUGUACUGUACUGACUUGGGAUUUGCUUAUUUGUUAUGUAACAUGUACAUGCAUGGAAAUACCUAUUUAUGUUUUUUUUCCUUGGUGAUUAUCAUUCAAAGCUAGGGUUUCUCCAAAUUAUGUAAGAUGUUUAACAUCAGUUAAAUUUUGACUCCCUGCCUGGAGGCAUCACUUCUGUGCUGUUUCACAGUAAACGUUAACAAUCAUAUA